GAGAAAAUCAUGGACAAGCUUUCAACCACAAUAUUUAUAAUUUGUGUGGCUUUUGUCAUCACCCAAAAGGGUUGUAAUGGGCAGCAGGUCUGUUCUGGUCAAAGUUUAACAAGUUGUGGUGAAAUCUAUCGCAUGACUAGAGUAGGAUUUGCCCAGACAAUACAAGUUUGCAGCGGUACCACGACUAGCGUCUCCUGUAUAAAUAAAGUCUUUACAGAUUGUACUACAAAACCAAAUACCCCAGAAUAUAGGAGGAUUAAAAAUCUGGCAUCGUAUAAGAUCAGGACGUUUAAACAACUUGGAUGUAAGGAAUAUGAACCAAAGCCGGCAAAGAAAAGCGGAGGCGGACGAGUCAAGACCAGUCUGUUUGUAUCAGCCGUAGCCUUUACAUUUGCUUUGAUACUGAAAAAUUAAGAUUACUCUUUUGAUAUCAACUGUAGCAUAUAUGUUUUUGCCUUGAUGCUGUUCAAUCAAGAUUACUCUUUUGAUA